GGAUGGUAUAUUCCUCCCCCUUUAAUCAGGCAAAGUUUAGAGCAAUCCCUUUGGCUAACUAGUUGGAACACAGAAUCUCAUCCACUCAUUACCCUUGGUUCAUCAUUCCUUCAUUCAUUCCUAUAAAUAGGCUACUUCACAAAGGGCUUUAAAAACCAUCCCACUUAGCAACCUCCUCAAGCACAUUACAAACUUUUCAAAGCAUAUUUGCCAUAACUUCCAUUACUAUGGCUUUGAGGAGGACUCUCUUAACUUUCAUGGUGAUUGCUUUGGUAGCAAUCCCAAUGGGAGAAGCACAGUUGGGCGGAGUAGGAGGUCUACUCGGACAAAUACUCGGAGGGAUACUCGGGCCGCUACUCGGACCAACGGGGAUACUUGGAGGGAUACUAGGGAUACUAGGAGGCAUAGUACAGAACAUCAAUGGCACCCCUAGUAUUAUUCAGCUCCAAGGGAGGCUCUUUUGCUCCGUCAAUGGCAAUACCGGUGGCUUUCUAUCACAAACCCCGAUUUUUCCAAAUGCAGCAAUACAAGUGCAAUGUGGAACCAAUGGAGAUGUGGUAUCAACUACAACUACGAAUGCGAGAGGAGAAUUCGCAACACUGUUGAAACCAUCUUUGAUGAAUACUUUGCUUAACAAUUGCAGCGUUGCUGUAGCCACUCCACUUUCAACUUGUAACGCCAAUUUGCCUUCAGUUGCUAGCCUGAUAUCGCCGAUCACGUCCGCCGGAACCACCGCUUUUGGGGACCGUUUCAAUAUCUUCAGGCUCACUGCUAAUCAGUUCCAGCUGAUCAGUCCAGCUACCCGUGGGAACUAGGGCAUUUUUAGUUCCUGCAUGCAUUUGCAUGGAAAUAUCCAGUUUACUUCAAUCGUGCCGUACGUUAGUUACUACGUAUUCGUGAAAUAAAUAAAGGAUGAGAAAACUAAGUUGUGUUUCUCAUCUUAAUUGUCCGUUGUUGUUUGUAAUUGUAUUGUUUGUGGUUUGAUGUAUUGAGUUUUAGAUUUGGUGUGUUUCAAGAAAUUGUACUCAUCUUUUGGCAAUUAAUAUUGCCAAUAACUAUGUGAUGAUUUGUACCUUUAGUACGUUGUGAUCCAUGCAAUAGAAAAGUGAACUGUUUUCUUGUUGUGUUACAUAUUGCAUGAUAUUUUUAUUUAAUUUUAUGGUGGAUUACAAGUAAUACUACUCUCUCC